CGGCGACCUCGCCCUCGCUCUCCAUCGUCGGGUCAAAUAGUCGCUGCUAGGGUUCGUCUGGAAGCACGAAACCCUAGCGCUCGAUCGAUCUCGAAGAAGAGGGAGCAGAGAUCGGAGAAGGAGAUCGCCGGAGAUGGGGAAGACGCCGGUGAGGAUGAAGGCGGUGGUGUACGCGCUAUCGCCGUUCCAGCAGAAGGUGAUGCCGGGGCUGUGGAAGGACAUCACCACCAAGAUCCACCACAAGGUCUCCGAGAACUGGCUCUCCGCCACCCUCCUCCUCAGCCCCCUCGUCGGAACCUACUCGUAUGUUCAGUACUAUAAGGAGAAGGAGAAGCUGGCCCAUAGGUACUGAGUCUGAAGUUCUUCUUUAUGGACAUCAUUGUGAUGCUGCCGAUCAGAGUCGUGUUGCAUUAUCCUAAAUUGUAGCCUUUGUAAGGUGCUAUGGUGCUGCAACAUUUUUUUUUUUAUUUUUCCCCUCAUUUCCUCUAAUAUGUGUUGAGAAAUCAAACUCGUCGCACUCUGUGAUUAGAUGGUGCUUUGUAAUAAAUAUCAUAGACUGGUUUUUUUGGCUGCAUUUUCCAGACCCAUAAUAUACCAAGUUAUGUUUCUCUACUUAA